CAUAAAACAGGUUUACAACAGCUUGCAUCAUUACACGCUCAAUCUCUCCCAGCCUCAAACAUUGGUGAAUAGAGCAGUAACUGUACUCACUGAAUCAUGGCAGGCGGCACACAGAGUGCCCCUCUUUCUUCAUGGAGUGAAUGUUUGCUUUUAAAGCGGAUCCGCAUGUUGAUCCCUGUUGGUUUCAAGACAGAAAUAAAAGAUUUGUGUAAAUUGGCCGGACCAGUGAUCAUUGCCCAGCUCAUGGUGUAUUCAGUGGGUUUUGUCAGUACUGUUUUCUGUGGCCAUCUGGGGAGGACAGAGCUGGCAGGGGUGGCUUUGGCUACAUCAGUUAUUAAUGUGACCGGCAUAUCUAUUGGAGUUGGUUUGGCUUCAGCCUGUGAUACUCUGAUUUCUCAGACCUUUGGGGGCGGUAACCUCCUGAAAGUUGGGGUCAUUCUGCAGCAGGCGAUCUUCAUUUUGUUACUGGCGUGUUUCCCAUGUUGGGCGGUCCUUGUUAACACUGAGUCCAUUCUGUUGGCUGUUAGACAGGAACCAGAGGUGGCCCGGUUGUCUCAGAUGUACGUGAAUAUCUUUAUGCCAGCACUUCUUGCUGCCUUCAUGUAUUCAUUAGAAACAAGAUAUCUGCAAAACCAGGGCAUCAUAUGGCCGGAGGUAAUCACAGGCAUUGUGGUCAAUAUUCUUAAUGCUCUAAUCAACUACAUCUUCCUUUAUGUAUUAAAUCUGGGCAUAGCAGGUUCUGCUGUUGCCAACACCAUUUCCCAGUUCUCCUUGGCUGGAAUUCUUUAUGGUUACAUCAUGUGGAAAGGUCUUCAUAAGGCCACCUGGGGAGGCUGGUCUAAAGAGUGCCUGCAGGACUGGGGCUCGUACAUCCACUUAGCCAUCCCCAGCAUGGUCAUGAUGUGUGUUGAGUGGUGGACGUAUGAGAUUGGAGGCUUUCUGGCAGGUCUAAUAAGUGAGGUGGAGCUCGGAGCUCAAUCAGUUGUAUACGAACUGGCAAAUGUUGCAUACAUGUUCCCUUUGGGUUUCAGUAUAGCUGGCAAUGUAAGAGUUGGAAAUGCCUUGGGAGCUGGAGACACAGAGCAGGCCAAGUGCUCUGCUAAACUUACAAUGUUCUGUGCAGGGUCAAUCUCUAUAUGUUUGUCAGUUCUCAUUGGAAGCCUGAAGGACCAUAUCUCUUAUGUUUUUACAUAUGAUGAACAAAUCAGGCAAAGGGUUGCUGAUGUUGUAACUUUGUAUGCUCCAUUUGUCUUCCUUGAGGCAAUUUCAGCGGCCUCGGGGUGUAUUAUAAAAGGAGCAGGUAAACAGAAGGUUGGGGCUGUUUGCAACAUUUUGGGAUAUUAUGGGGUUGGUUUUCCCAUUGGAGUGUCACUGAUGUUUGCAGCCAAAUUAGGAAUCAAGGGUCUGUGGAUAGGCUUGUUUAUCUGUGCAUUUCUGCAGUGCACAUUCCUGAUUUACUAUCUGGUAAGAAUGAACUGGAAGAAAGCUACAGACGAGGCUCAAAUCCGAGCCGGAGUGUGUAGGAGCUCCACAGACCCAAGUCCCCAGGAAGAUGAUCCAGAGAACUUUCAGGAAGAAACCGACAUCAUGGACCUGGUUCACACUGAUGCGGAACCAGCAGUUCAAACAGAGGUGGAGCGCUCUCACAGGACUCUGGUUCUGUAUAGAGGAUUUGCUCUGGCUGUCAUGCUAUUUAUCCUGGCUGCUGGAAUCAUUAUAAACCUGCUGAUCACUAACUUGGGGACAUGAGCAGCGGUCAUUGCAUUCAGUAAAGUAACUCGUUAGGCA